CCGAGAAAUGUAAAUAAACAAAACAUCCUACCGUCGCAGUGCGCGGUUCUAAAAUCGAUACCAUUAUCAUCUACAAGCUGCCCGUGCCAAUGUAGUGUUGUCCAAAUGUAAUUGUUCGUAAAAAAAAAGCAAGAGCGAUAGCAACAAUGACCGGAUUCGUAGCGGUGCAUACGGGUGCGGGAAACUUCCUCGACGAGACGCUGUACGAGCACGUCUGCCGAGAGGCGUGCAAUCAGGCGGUCAACGUGCUGUACGCGGGCGGAACCGCGUUGGACGCAUGCGAGCGCGCCAUCGUCCUGCUGGAAAACUCGACCGCCACGAAUGCGGGCAUCGGCUCGAACCUAAACUGGGACCGAAGGGUGGAGUGCGACGCGUGCAUCAUGGACGGUGCGUCGCUACAGUUCGGUGCCUGCACCAACGUGACCGACGUCAAGAACCCGAUCAGCCUGGCACGCCACCUGUGCGAGCGACAAUCAAAGCUACUGAGCUUCGGCCGGAUACCACCGAUGGUGCUGGUAGGGCAGGGUGCGUCGGCGUACGCGCGCGAAGUCGGACUGCAGCUGGUGCCGGCCGAGCACAUGAUAUCGGUGAAUGCGGCCAAAAAGUACGACCACUACCGCUCGCAAAUCAUGCAGUACGAAGAGAUGAACCGGGCCAAACUAUCGCCCCUGGACACGGUCGGUGCGGUGUGCGUCGAUGCGGAAGGUUCGAUCGUGGCCGGUUGCAGUUCCGGCGGCCUAAUGCUGAAGCUGAGCGGCCGGGUGGGACAGGCGGCAACGUACGGGGCCGGCUGUUGGGCGCUAAUGGACGAAAGCACCAGCAUGUCGGCCGCAUCCUGCACCACCGGCAACGGCGAGUAUCUGAUGAAGACGCUGUUCGCCAAGGAGCUGGUGGACGAUCUGAUCAGCUGCAACUGUCCAAUCACUUCGCAGCAUCUGACGUACAAGAAGAAGCUGCUCGAGUCACCGUUCCUGUCGAAGCAGAAGGCGAUACACGCCGGUUCGCUUUCGAUCAUCUACAACACUGCCAGCGGGGAUGGCGAUCUGCUGUGGGCGCACACGACCAACUCCAUGUGCAUCGGGUUCAUGUCGACCAAGCAGAAAAAACCCAAGUUCGUCCUAUCGAAGCUUCCACAGAAUCUCACCUGUGGGACGAAGCCAGUCAUCAAUGGGCACCAUUUCAAGCUGAUCUAAGACAACAGAAA